UCUAACUUUGUACACAUAUUGAUAGAUGGCACAAGAAACUAAUACUGUAACAUUGGUUGCGUCUUAAUAAAAAUGAGGAAAGCGCCGCGUUCAAUGCAGAAUAACGACGCUUCUUGAAUGUCUUAGAUUUUAUCUUGAGCCAGUGGACGGAAUUAGUACUUAACCACAGAUGUCAAAUUCAGUAGUGAGACGGUUUCAAGCGAUGGAAGCUGGAGGAAACAAGGAUGACACAUUUCCAGCUCUCCCCGAAUUCUCAGUUAUACGUGAGACUUCUUCAAGUGCAGUUCGGGUACGUUAUACCCCGGAACACUUUUGGUGUAACUAUUUGUGUCAUCGGGCUUUGAGUUUUUCAGAAGUAUCAAUUAUUGUAAAAUGUCUUACGAAGAGGAACAAAAACGACUCAAACAUUUAUGGGAAGAGUUUGGCGCCAGUUCUGAUGAUGAUGAUGAUUUAUUCAUUGGCAGUAAUUCUGAAGGUGAGGAUGGAAUUCAAGAAGAAGUCGGAAUCGCUGGAAGAGAUGAAGAACACCCAAUAGAAGAAACAGAAUAUGCUGAAGAAGGAAC